AUGGGUGAAUUUGAAGAACGGCAGAAUCCUUACACGAUUUUGGGGCUUGAGAAGGGAUUUGAGAGCACCGAUGCCGAGAUCAAGAAGGCUUUCAGGAAAUUGGCCCUCACCAAACAUCCAGACAAGCAGCCUGACAAUCCAAACGCAGCAGCAGAAUUUGGAGUAAUACAGAGAGCCUAUGAGAUUCUCCUGGACUCUGCGGCUAGGGAAGCUUGGGACCAGCUGGCCAAGGCGAAGAGGGCGCGAGAGGAGCGGCAUGCAGGCGCCACAGCAAAGCGGCGCAAGAUGACAGAGGACCUGGAAAAGAGGGAGCGUGCCUUUCAGACAGGAAGGAACGAGGAGCAGGUGGCGCGCAACCGGCUGCAUGCGGAGCUCGAGCGGCUGAGGCAGCAGCACAAGGAGAGGGACGCUCAGGUGAACGCAGAGAGGAUGGCAGCGGCAACUGCAGCAACCAUGGCGAGCAGGCCGCAGGCAGCAGGAAAUAGCGCUCCCUCAAGUGCUGGACCCAGUGCAGUGCCUUUUCCUGUGCCAGCCGCAGCCCCAGAUGAGGGUCCCCCAGCCAUGACAGAAGAGCUGGUGCGCACCCUCAAGGUGUCUUGGGACGCGAGGGACGGCGGCUACACGGCGGAGGAGCUGCGAGCGGUGUUCAGCGCGCACGGUCCCGUCAGCGAUGUGGUGAUGCGGCAGCCCAAGAAGAAGAAGAAGAGCACGAGCAGCGCCUUUGUAGAGAUGGGCACCCUUGAGGCCGCUGCAGCCGCCGCCCGCGCCGCCAAUGGCCGCUCUGAUUUGCCCCUACUAGUUGUGCCUUUCUCAAAGGUUGCGUCGGUGGAGGAGGGUGUUGCACGAUCAGCGCCAGCGUCGCCUCUGCACUCGGCGCCUAACCAUGCAACCAACGGGUCCAGACAUGCGCCACACCUGCAGCCUCAGCGGCCGUUAUUCCCUGCCGGCACCCGGGCUGCACCCCAGCCCGCAAAGCAGAGCACUUUUGCUUCGUUUCCGAGCAGCUUCCCUGCUGGGCAGGCCGCGAGCGGGCCAGGCAGGCCAGGCGCGUCAAAUGGGGCGUUUGGCUCCUUCUCUGCAAGCAGUUUUCCAGGCGUCCCGAGCAGCGGCGGCCGGGCGGCGCAUAUCUUUGGCAGCGCCAGCAGAGCCUAUGAGAGCGAGACGCUGAUGAAGCUGCAGAAGGAGGCGGAGCGCAAGCGGCUCAUAGCUGAAUUGGAGGCCAAGGGGGAGCUUGUUGAUGAUUAG